CGAUCUAUACACCGUAAUCCGGUGACUAAAACUGCCGCAGUAUCAAGAAGACUACUUCCUUUUGAUUUGUGUGAACUUUUUGCGGGAGAGUGGUAGAUCGAGUUAAGCAUGGUUUUAAUAAGUGACUGCCAAAAAAUGUUUUGGGGUGUCACAAUCGAUGCUGGAAAGCGCUAUUCCCAGAUUGCUGAACAAGGCUUCCAUGUGUCAAUGGCAGCUCUGGAUGUCAGUUCAAAGAAACCAGCUGAAAAUGUACAGGUGAUGCUGCAACGGGAGUCUUCCGAAUAUCUUCUCUGUACACUUCACAGCAAUCUCCUACAGCAGCCACUGGAUCUGAACUUUGCUACUGGCGAAGAAGUCUCUUUCAGUCUCAACGGCUCAGGUGUUGUCCAUCUGACUGGAUAUUUAAUCGGUGAUGAUGAUGAUGAACCAAGUAUGGAGUUCUCAGACGAUGAUGAGCCACCCUCACUCAUUGAUUCCUCUGGAGAUAACCAGAUGUUGGCAGGUAUCAAAAGGAAGGCUAUUGGCUCACUCAAAGAUUCUAAAAGGAUGAAACUUCUGGAUGGGAUAGAUUCGGAUGAUUCUGAUGACGAUGAAGAUGAUGAAGAUUACAGUGAAGAAGAAGAAGGGUUUUCUGAUGAGGAUGAUUUUGAUGAAGAAUCAUUUGACGAGGAGGAGGAUAGUGAUGAAGAUUUAGAUGAAGAAGACAGUGAUGAAGAAGAGGAAUCCCCUAAAAAGAAAAACAAAGCUGACAAGACUCCAGCCAAGUCUCCGGCCAACACCCCAAGCUCACAGAAAGCAAAAAAACAGGAUGCCAAUAAAUCUAAACAAGAGGAGAAAACGCCGAAACAACAGAACGGAAAGGCCAAACAGAAAGGGGCAGCUACUCUGGCAACACCAAAAACACCAGAAACACCAGUGACACCUGGUGGUGAUGGGGAAGGAGAGAGUGCUAAGAAGAAGAAAAAAAAGAAGAAGAAGAAAAAUAAAGGGGACAACUCAGUGAAUGACAGUACAGCCAGCACUCCAGGCACACCUGCAGCAACCAAGACACCAGAGUCUACACCAUCAGCUACACCAAAGAAAAGGGUCGUGGCAGGCGGGACAGUUGUAGAAGACAUCAAGACGGGACAUGGUCCUGAGGCCAAGCCAGGAAAAAUGGUUUCUGUUUAUUACGUUGGAACAUUGGCCAAAAAUAACAAGCGCUUUGAUUCCUGCACUGAAGGGAAACCAUUCCGCUUCAGACUAAAUCAAGGGGAAGUCAUCAAAGGCUGGGAUGUUGGAUUGACUGGCAUGAAAGUUGGCGGCAAGAGAAAGAUAACAAUACCUCCAAACCAAGGAUACGGCAACAGUAAAGCCGGAGCCAUUCCACCAAAUUCAACUUUAGUUUUCGAAGUAGAACUCAAGGCUGUUAGUUAAAUGAAAGAAAUUUUUAUAAAAUCACAUUUUAAUUAUUUUUAUCAACAUUUAUGUCAAUUCAAUUUUUUAAUGUCAGCACUUUGCCUUGAAAUGUUUAUGUACAAAGUUUUAUUUUACUGUAGCCCAUAUUGUGUUCAUUUCAUAAUGCCGGGAAAAAAAAAAAUCAUUAUUCAUCAAUUUUGAGAAAGUACUGUUUUGAGAGAAGAAAUUUGUGUUUUAUUGGGUAUUUGUUAUGGAGACAUUUGUGUUUUAUUGGGCAUUUGUUAUGAAGACAAAUAAAUUUGUUUCUCUGUGCUUA